AUGGGGACUUCACAUUCGGUGGUCACGGCGCUGCAGUCUCUUCUGAGACAGCGCAAUCUGAAGGUCUCAACAAAAACUCUAAAUUGUUUUGUCAGGGAGGUGGAUCGUGUGGCACCCUGGUACGCAUGUUCCGGGUCGCUAAUGCUUGCUUCAUGGGAGAAGCUGGAGAGAGACCUAAUUAGAGAACAACAGGCUGGGAAACUAAAAGCAGGGACGAUGCCACUGUGGAAGCUUGUGAAAUCAUGUCUUGAGGAUGAGAAAUGCCGUUUGUCCAUAAAAGCAGGGCAGGAGGUUUUGGAAGAGAUUCAGGACAGUCUGUCAGAAAUAGAGUGGUGUAAAAGGACCGGUGUGGUCAAAAGUAAAAAAGGUGCACCUAAGAAAAAAGGCCCUUCCAAGGACUCUAGAUCUGUGGAAGUGAUAGACAAGGGAAAGGACGCCCUGGGAGAGAAAGGUGGAGCAGAAACAAAGAAAGGCAGGCGGGAAAGUCUGUAUCCGUUUAGAGAGCUGGAGGCCCUAAACCUAGGCAACUCAGAUGAUCCUGAAACAGAUGAACUUAGUCCCUCCGAAGAGGAGGAAUUGGAAGAUGAGGUAGCUCAGCACGAGAAGGAGAGAUACCGUUCAGACGGUGCAUGGCAUAUUAAGACGGGGAGGGGCAAGAACAAAGGCCACAUGACCUCGCGACUUCAAGGUCCCGCUGCACCUCUGCCUUAUGCGGAAGCAUAUGGGUCAGAUUCGUUCCUCUCCCAGAAGGAACGGAGAAAGCUGCAACAGGCUUUUACAGUUUUUGAAGGGGAAGCAGGGGCUCGAAUCUUUGCCCCGGUAGUGUUCCGUGAGAUCAAAGAACUUGCAGAGUCAGUCCGUAAUUAUUGGAUUACUGCCAAUUUUACUAUCUCAUUGGUGGAGCGGCUGAAUGAUCAAGCCAUGACUCCCAGAGACUGGCAGACUGUGGCCAAGGCUGCUUUGCCUAAUAUGGGUCUAUAUAUGGAAUGGAAAGCCCUUUGGUAUGACCUUCUGCAGACCCAGGCUAAGGCUAACUCUGCGGUUGGAGGGGAUCAGAGACAGUGGACCUUUGAACUCCUGACAGGACAAGGACCCUUUGCUAAUAAUCAAACCAAUUUUGCCUGGGGUGCUUAUGGGCAGAUAUCUACUGCCGCCAUUAGGGCUUGGAAAAGUCUCUCAAAGAGAGGAGACCCAGGAGGACAUCUAACAAAAAUUGUUCAAGGCCCACAGGAACCAUUUUCAGAAUUUGUGGCUAGAAUGACAGAGGCUGCAGGGAGGAUUUUUGGAGAUCCUGAGCAAGCCAUGCCCCUGAUAGAGCAGCUGAUUUAUGAACAGGCUACUCAAGAAUGCAAAGCUGCUAUAGCCCCUAGGAAAAGUAAGGGUCUUCAGGACUGGGUGAAAGUUUGUAGAGAACUUGGGGGUCCUCUCACUAAUGCUGGUCUUGCUGCUGCUAUCCUUCAGAGCCAAAAGGGCUCGAGGGUAGGAGAACAGAGGACAUGUUUUAACUGUGGCAGGACUGGGCAUUUAAAAAGGGACUGCCGGGCCCCUGGUAAGAAGAGGGUGCCUGGGGUUUGCACCAGAUGCGGAAAGGGCUAUCACUGGGCCAAUGAGUGCCGCUCGGUGAGAGACAUCAGGGGCCGGUCACUGCAGCCUGCUCCUGCCUUGGCUGGAGAAGAAGGCGAUGGUCCAAAAAACGGGCGCCAGGGCCCCAGGUCUCAGGGCCCCAAAACAUAUGGGACUGCAACAAACCGGUGGGGGAUAUGCAACUCCAUAGAGCAACUCAGGGAUCGUGUGGACUGGACCUCUGGUCCACAGCCCGAUUCAUGCUGA